AUGGGGCUUACCGAUGCCGUUUGGGACCUGGUGACAAAGUGUUGGGCCCACGAAAGAGAAGACCGUCCGCAUAUGGGCUUCGUUGUAUCUCAACUCUGCGACUACUACAAUUUUUCUGUGAACAGUGAUGGCUCAAUAUCCACGCGGGUGCAACAUGGAACGUCCUUCGGUCUGAUUGGACGUCAGGGAAGAUACCUUAAGAAGGCUGUACCACGAAGAGCCUUGCACGACUACCAGGUGGAGAGAAAGAAUACAGCCAUCCGCUGGAACAUGCCUGGCCCUUCGUUAGCAGACAGGAUGAGAGCGCUGACUCUGGCGGAAGAGGCCAAUUUUCCCGCACCUGUCGCGACCUUUUAUGAACCGUCAGGAUCACGAGGCAUAGGUUUGCACACAUGCAGGCGAAGACAUCAUUCAGAAUACAAGGGGAUUGACACCGCCUUUUAUCUCAAGGCCGGGAUCAGUACGCUUUAUAUCGACUGGCCGACAUACCCAAUUUGGAAAAAGGAAUACGACGCUACCUUCUUCGACAACGGCGUUCUUACGCUGAGGGAGUUGGCGUAUGAUAUAUCUGCGCAAAUGGACAUGUUCAUACACUUAAAGUUGACACCCAAUGAAUUGCAUGAAGGGGACGCCACCGCCCAGGAUUCAUUCCGAUGGAAGCUGGGCGACGAUGAUUACGAUAUCAAAUUAAGCGACAUCUACCUCAUCGCUGUCGACUAUGUUGGAUCCAUCAUACGGCCCAUAUUUGAGUUUAGACGCAAGGCUCGUUGGUAG